GAGCCCACGAGACUCGACUUCAGCAAACCCUCUGCGGCAACCCGCAUUCCAUCAACCCGACAAGUCAAUCCGCCACUCAUCUAGUCGAGCAGACAAGAGCCCGCGUCCUCUCCUACCUCAAUGCCUCUCCGGAAGAGUACACGGCGAUAUUUACCCCAAACGCAACAGGCGCCGCGAGACUCGUUGCAGAAUCAUAUCCCUUCAAGAGGCGAACCAGACUGGUCCUCACAUCCGACAACCACAACUCUGUCAACGGUCUCCGAGAAUUUGCACGCCGAAGAAAUACACGAACCACUUACGUCCCAGCCCGCGCCCCGGAGCUGAGGAUAGACCCGUCUGACCUCAUGUCAGCACUAAACCCUCGCAGAGAUGGCUUAUUCGGCUCAGCUGCAGCUGCAGCUGCAAAACUAGCUGCCCCACGCAGCAACAAGGACGACCAAAAAUCCAAAAAGAGAGGUCUAUUUGCGUACCCUGCCCAAAGCAACUUCAGCGGCGUCCGUCAUCCGUUGUCGUGGAUCAGCGUUGCGCAGAAGCAGGGGUAUGACGUGCUCCUCGAUGCGGCGGCCUACCUGCCGACCUCCAGGCUCGAUCUGUCCGCAUCAUCUGGCGUUCAACCGGAAUUCGUCAUUGCGAGCUGGUACAAGCUGUUUGGGUACCCGACCGGCGUCGGGUGUUUGAUUGUUCGACGCGAUGCCCUGGCAAGGCUCGCAGCCUCAAGGCCGUGGUUUUCGGGUGGAACCAUCACAGCGGCAUCGGUUGGGAUUCCGUGGCAUGUCAUGGCGCCGGAUGAGGCUGCCUUCGAAGAUGGGACGGUCAACUUCUUGUCGAUACCAGAUGUUGUUGUUGGGCUGGACUGGUUGGAGGGCAUCGGCAUGCCGUUAAUCGAUACUAGGGUCAGGUGCCUUACCGGCUGGUGCCUCGAUCGUUUACGGAAUCUCGAACACAGUGACGGGUCGCCCAUGGUCAGGAUAUAUGGCCCGACGGAUAUGAAGUUGAGGGGUGGAACGAUCUGCUUCAACUUCCUGGACAUAGGUGGAAGGGUCGUUGACGAAAGACUGGUUGCCAAAGAAGCCUCUGUCGAAAACAUAUCAUUACGAACGGGCUGUUUCUGUAACCCUGGUGCUGGCGAAGCUGCCUUUGGUCUGGACAAAAGGGCUUUAUUACCGCUCACUGCUAUCCAGAGCGACUCUCUGGACGACUAUAUCAGGCUUUUAGCACCCGUAGGUGCAGUGCGGAUCUCGUUUGGGUUCAUGACGACCGCAAAGGACGUGGACCGAUUGCUGGAAUUUGUCAAAAGGAAAUACACAGAUAGACUGACGACAGCUAAUGGUCUUCCGCCACAUGAACAUUGCUGAACGCAACUACUGCCUAAAUAAAACAUAUUUUGUUCAAUAA